AAAACAAUUAGAAUACGAACUAGAGACUUCGUAUACUGGUCAAGAAGUGUUACAAGAAAUUGCAAACAAGGAGGAAGCUUUGUGGAAAAAGUGUUUGGAAAUCAAUGAUAAUUGGAAUGCCGAAGUGGCUUUAGCUAGAGAUGAAAGAUUAGCAAUUGAACGUGAAGCCCAGCGUAAAUUAAUUUUAGCACAAUUGAUAGAAAAAGAAGAAGAGAAAAAGAAACAACUAGAAGCAAUUGAAGAAAUUGUUAGAUUGGAAAAGGUAUUCAUUUAAAAUAUUAACGCCAAUGAUUAUUAUUUUAAAAAAUGUAUUUAAUAUUUUUUAUUUUAGGAAAAAUCAAAAAGUUAUAUUACUGUUGAAAAUAUUGAUCAAGCUAUUGAUAAAGCUUUGGACAAUAUAGUCAAUUAUAAGUAUGCCAUAGAUGUAGCUGGUAAUAUUUACUAUAAUAACGAAUUAGAAAAACAGACUACAGAAACGGGUAAACAACAGCAACAAGUCAAGGUGGUCAACUAAUUUGUGUUUUGGCUACUUAUUACUAUUAUUGAAAUACGUUCAAAUUUUUUUUAUUUAGAGGUAUACUAAAUGAUAAGUUAGUGUUAUUUGGUUAACUAGUUGGAACAAAUGUUUUUUCUAUAAAAAAAUUGUGUAAUUAGAGCUUGUGUUUGUUUACAUUUUGCUAAUAUUAAUUACAAGGGUGAAUAUCUAUUUUGGAAGUCCAGUUAUACCGAGCACAAACAGGGGUUACCCUUACUGGUAGAGAAGAAUAAUAUCUGGAUAAAAUAAAUAAAUAAUUUAUUAUAAUCCUCAAAAUAAACUAAAUAUUUGUAAAACAUUAAAAACAUGACAAGUUUUGUAUAUUUAUUUGUUUAAAAAAGAAACACAUCAAAUAAAUACAUUUAAUUAGGUAGUUUAACUAUGGAUAAAAUAAUAAAAAUAAAUAAAGACUAAGGUAAAAUAUGUCUAUUAGACAUAAUAUUAUCCUUAGAGGGAUCGUGUACAUUCAAAUUUCUAAUAAAUCAAGUUUAGUGUAAUGCAGUGGUGGAUUGUGCCACUGGGAGGCCGGGAAGUUUCCCAGUAGGUCAUUUUAUCAUUUUAAAACAUUAAUUUUACACUAAUAUUAUUUGUUGAUAAAGAAUAUUUGUUAUUAUUUAUAAUAUUUUGUGAAUGUCUGAAAAUGAAGAGAAAAAUAAUCACGAUUUAAAAUAAUAUGAUUGUCUGACAAAUUAUGAUAAGGUGAUUAAAUGUGUUGUGUCCACAGAUGUAUAAAGCAAAUAAUUGGACUGGCGAAACAAAAUUCUCCCAGGCCAGUUAAAAUUCAGAAUCCGUUGCUGGUAGAAUGUAAUGAUAUACUACCAUGUUUUUUCAGUCUGUUAUUAUCACAAACUAAGGUAUUUUAGUUAGUGGUUACUAGUCACAAUUGUUUAGCUUUAAAACCAUUUUAAAUUAAUUCUGGUUAGAUUAAAAUAUUCAAGUUAGAAAAAAAGGAUGGAUAUACUUAACACAUAGGUGCAGCUACUGUAGUAGGUAGGAAGUUGAGAAGGUUUUGUACAGAUGGGAACUUAAUAUAUAUCUGUAAGCAACAAUAAACCACUGCUAACAAAAAAUGAUUUUGAGCAAAGUUCAGUUAAUACUGUUGCUUUAUAAAAAAUAUAUAUAUCAUAUUAAGGUAAAAUGAUUAAAACAAUGAUUGUUUAAAAAAGAUUAAAAUAAUAAAAAAUUUAAUAAUAACAAAAAAUAAAUAAAGGCGGUUUCCAAUGACAACCUUAUUUUUAAUCUUUCAAUCUUUUUGAACCUAAAGAACCAGGUUUUCCUUUCAGAAAAGGCGCUAUACUUGAUAAUCAGAGUAAGCUUUUUGUUAAAACAAGUGUUCACAUAAAAAAAAUUAAACAUCUUUGUAAAACCAAUACAUUCUAGGUUAAACUCAGAAUCUAAAAUACAUGUUUACAUUUAUUUUAUACAAGAUAAUAUUUAGAGUCAAAAGUGAAAUUUAAAUUUGAACUAUUGUAAUAAUUAGGUCCCGAAUUUAAAAGCAUUAAAAUUAUUGAGAAAUGCUCUAAAAAAAACAGAAAAUUGAAUAAUUUGAUUUGUACCUAUUGACAAUGGUAUUAACUGAAUGGCUGUAUUUGACUGAUUGACUAGAAAACCCGAAAAACCUUGGUAAUAUUUUGAAUUGGUUAAUUUAAAUUAUUAAGGCCUAUUGUAGAUUUAUAUAAUUGAUGAUCAUAAUUAUGUACAAAUAUGCAAGAAAACAAAAAAAUGACUGAAAAAGGCAAAAUAAAAUUUCACCUUUGAAGUCUGUUACAUGAAUUAAAUAAUGUAUUUGAAAAUUAUUGUUUAAUAUCAUUCAAAAAGAUGCAGUGUCCUAGUAAUAAUAUUAGUAAAAUAAAGAACUCAUUUGGUUAAAUAUAGACUUAACUUUUUAUUUAUUAUUAUCACACUGGAUUUUUAUGUCCUUAAAAUCCAUAAAAAAUCACUUAAAAUAUAUUAAAAUUAAUAAAUUAAAAAUAAUAAAUAGGUUUAAAAGUUUCCCCUUCUAACGUUUUUAAAUUAAAAAUAAAAUAUUCUAACAUUUACAAAAAUUAUUAAAAAAAAAGUAAAUUUUUCUUGCGUAUAAUUUUAUUUAAAAGAAAUUUUUGUAAUCUAAUUUAAUAAAUUCAUUAAAGGGGAGGGAUACAUUUAAAUAUGUCCAUUAUUUUUGUUUUUUUUAAAUGAUUGAAAGCACUUUAUUCAAGGAUUGUUUGAUGUUUUAAAUUGCCUUAUAAUGGAUUUUAAAGAAUAUAAAUUUGGUCUCUAAUUAUUAUAACUAAAAUAAAUCAUUAACAAUAAUUUAUUCAGUUUCAUUUUGUCUCAUAUAAAAUAUUGCUGAUUAUAUGUAAAAAUAAAUGUUAAUCAAGACUGCUAUACUUAUUUUAUACACUUAUAAAAAUCAUAUUUUUACUAUAUAAAACUACAGGUUUAGUCGUAAAUUAUAAGCGUUCAAUUCAAUCAAUAAUUGUGUGUAAAUUUAAAUUAUAAGAUUGGUUAUUUAUGUUAGUCCCAUUAAAUUUCUUUCAAUGCCAAUUCUGAAAAUGCAAACAAACGGAGAAUAAUUACUUCCCAAACUUAAAUUUCCAAUUGAAUACUACUGGAAAUUUAGUGUUCUAUAAGUUAACCUAAACUUUGCUAUGCAUAACCAAGACUGCCGCUUCCAUAUACGAUCCCAUGUCAACUAACUAUAAUAAUAAAACUUAAGAAUUUUUAUAAAAUUAUCACUAAAUCAUUGUUUUUUAAAAAUAAUUUUGUAAAGGUUCUUUUUUUAAAAAAGUGAACAAUUUGUGAAAAUCAAAAUUUUCCACUAUCAGAUUAUAUCAAAUUAUUAAACUUGGAAGCUUUAUUACAUAGAAAGUAAGUUUGAUCAUUAAAUUCUGAUUGUACUACUAUAUUCAGUAUUUUUUAAAAAAAGUUGAAAAUUGAUGGAAAGCUAAACUGGAUUCAUACCAAAAAGUUUAGAUGACAUCAGAGGUUGUGGUUUAUGUUUCAAUACCAGAAAAUUAAAAUAUUUUAAUGCUGAUAAUUAAUGGCAAUUGGCUAUUACACAUGUUUUAACUAAAAUAUUAUUGUAUUUUGUCUAAGUUGAAUUUUAAAACAAUAAAAAUAAAUAAUAAACACUUUACAGUAAAUAAAAACAAAUGAUUCCAUAACUUCAUUAAAGCAACACAAAAUUUUAAUAAAUUGUACACAAUAAUUAUAGUAAUAAUAAUAAUAAAAAGAUCAAUCGCAAUAUAUGAAAUGUCAUAAUGUCAUGAAUAAGUUUACUCGGGACAAAAUUGUUUUAGGAUUACACGAAAACACAAUUUUAUUCUAAGUUGUCCACUAUUCAAAGUAAACAUUUAUAGAAACCAAAUGCAAAAAAAGUCAAUAUAAACUGGUCUCUAAAAAAUAAUCUUAAGAUGCAAUGGGAUAUUUGACAGACCUCAAGAACGGAUUAUCAAUAGGUUCUUCUUGUUUGAUAUCCGAUUCAUCAGUAUUGUUCACUACUUCUUCUUCUUCCUCUUCAUUAUCUUGUUCUUCGUUUUCAUCAAAUUCUUCUUUGAUCUGAACUCUUUUUUUAAUCUUGAUUUUUUUACUAGGUACCGGGAUUUCCAUAUCAUCAGGAUCAUCAUCAAAUACUUGGUCACUAGGUAUUAAUGCUGAUAGGUAAGCUGGUUGUUGUGGUUUAUUGGCUAUCACUAAAAACACAUUAAAUAUAUUACAUUAACUAAUAAGAAAAGUGUUUUAUUAUGUUAUUCAAAUUAUUUUUGAAUGUUAAAACCAUCAUUAUGUACAUACACGGAAAACAAUCAUUUUCUUGAUUUAGAAAUAAACUCUCGUUUGGUCCGGUUUUUAUUAAAAAUUUGAUAAGAGAUUUUUCCAGCUCAUGCUUUUGAAUAGCCGAUUUCUCACGGAUUGCUUCAUAUUCGGUAACUGGUUGUUUGUGGGUCUAUACAAAUACAAAAAUAAGAUAAAAUCACAAUAUUUAAAGUACAUUGAACAUAGUAUAUUACCGGUGUUCUUAUGUAUGCGUGAGGGUCGGGAAAAGGAGGCAUAUAAUUUGGCAUGUAUGGCGGAUGUGGAAGUCUAGUACCUGCUUGAAGGUUACUCGUCUGACGAGGCUGUAUAGAUGGUAAGGGACAAGGAAGAACAGCUCGAUUUGAACGUUUGGCAUACGCUAAUAGACUUGACGCACUUUUGAACAAGCCCAUGUCAAUCAGGCCCAUCAUUACAUCGGCACCAAGAGGCUCAAGACGUCCGGCUACUUCAGCAUAACGCCGACUACUAUUUCCCAACUGGGAAACCACUGAAAUUGAAUAAAUAUGUUAUUAUAUUAUUAUUAUACAUAGUAGAUUAAAUUACUACUGCCAUAAUUAUCAAUCAAACAGUGUACACAAAUUGAAAUAUGAAUGCCGAUUUUGUAAACUGUAGCACACAGAUGGUUUACUAUACUUAUCAAAAUUCAAAAACAAAUAAUUUAAAAUAUCUUUAUUAUAAAUACUAAUAUAGCAGUUUGUGUUUUAAUAUACGAGUUAUUACUUUCGUUUUAUGAAUGAUUGCAAUGGUGAUGAUGCAAUGAUAAUGGAAUAGGUAAGUAUAAAUGUAAAACAUAUACAAAAUCACAUUAGUUAACAGAUUAUUAUUUGUUGUACUAACCGGAAUAAAGCAUUUCGACGAGAGUCUCCAAGGCGGGCCCUUCUGUUACGUUAAAACCAAUUUCUAAUAGAAUCCCCGCCACAGUAGUUUUCAAAAAUUUUCGCUCUAACGAUUUAUCCAUUUGCGUAUGUUUUCGUUAAAAUGUAUAUCGAGUUUUUCAAGUUUUAAAACCGAUUUGUAAAUUCGUAAUUUUUAUUUUUGACGUCUAACGGGUUGAUGCUACUAUAGAUAAUAGAUUUUUUAUUAUCUAUUAAGUAGACGCGUUAAAUGAGAAGCAUAUAAUCACAGAUUAGAUAAA